UAAGUAGUAUGUUUUUCUUCAGCAAAUUUGCGAUCCUUCAAAACAAUUAAAAUGCUUGGAUUUAACAUACAUGCGAUCUCAUUCGUAACAUUUAAAUGUUUUGAAUUCACGAGCCUACCACCAUCUUUACCCACUAGGCCAUUUCAAAAUAGCUUGAGUGAACGAUAGCUUCAGCCUAUGUUAUAGACCCAAUGCUACGUCUGUGAACGCAAGCUAGUGAACGGUUUCCCAUUGAAAUCAAUACAGCCCUGGGGACAAGAUUGGUAAUCACAAUUUUAUUGGUAGAUAUUUGUAUGGUUUCAGUGUUCAAACACAUGUAUAACAUAACAUUUGUUUCGCAAUUGAUAAAAACUUUUCCAAUGAACAUCUGUUUUUUAAAAACAAUGUUAAUUACAACAUUCCCGCUGGAAUACAUUUUGAACGAUAAUUGUUCUAUGAUUGUUCUAUUAUGAAAUUGGCAACUUUCAAAUGUUUUUAUUAAUUGCAUUCUAAAAACAAAAAAUAUAAAAUUAUGUAAUGAAAUGCAAGUAAUAAUUGUACGAAAUUUUGCUGUUUUGAGUGCCACAAAGCCAAAUUCCGGCGAUCUAGGGACCUCAAAACCCAAAAUUUUCCAUUACACACCAACCAUGGUGGUGCGUCACGGAGAAACAAACCUAAACAAAAGUUGGGCAUAAGUAGAAAGUUCAGCUGGCACAUCUUUGACGUUGGUUACUCAAUCUACGCCCCUGUCAAAGUAGAACCUUUGCAGUCUAUUGGCUGCAGAGCACUGGCCAAGUGACACUGUUUGCCCAUCUCGAGAGAGACCUGAAAAAUGGACAAUUUCAAAUAUUAUUUCCAGGGUUGUAUACUUUUUUUACUGCCAUAAAUAUAGAAAUACAACUAAAUAAUUAUUUUGACUAAACAAUUUUUAAAUGAAAUAUUUAUUUUUUUAUUAUAAUUUUAGAUACAUUCUUUUUUAGGAACUAAGCAUUUCAUCUUAAAAUAAGGGACAUGAUAUAUAAAUAGCAUGUUUUAGGAUUGUUAUGGCAAGUGCUAACAGAAAAAAUCACUUUAAAGUAGUUUUACUUGGUGAAGGAUGUGUUGGAAAAACCAGUUUAGUAUUACGGUAUUGUCAAGACAGAUUUAACGAUAAACAUCUCACAACAUUACAAGCAUCGUUUUUAAAUAGACGCCUUAAUAUUGAUGGCAAACGAGUAAAUUUGGCGAUAUGGGACACAGCUGGACAAGAAAGGUUCCAUGCUUUAGGACCAAUAUAUUACAGAGAUAGUCAUGGAGCAAUAUUAGUAUACGAUAUAACAGAUGAGGAUUCGUUUCAAAAAGUAAAAAACUGGGUAAAAGAAUUAAAGAAAAUGUUAGGAGACGAUAUUUGUCUAUGCAUUGCAGGCAACAAGAUAGAUUUAGAAAAAGAUCGACACGUAGAAACAAGCGAAGCGGAAGAGUACUCACGCUCAGUAGGGGCGAAACAUUAUCACACAUCUGCCAAAUUAAACAAGGGUAUAGAAGAAUUGUUUCUUGAUUUAACGAAGCGUAUGAUGAAAAAGCAAGCGGAUGACGAAGCUGAAAUAGCAACCAAUCCAAACUCGUCAAAAGGGCGCGACCAAUCAACGAGACCGAAAGACGUAAUUAUCGUUGACGAUGCACCGAAAAAGAAGUCAAGUGGCUGUUGCUCUUCUUCGUAGCGUCUAUAUAUCGCAUUUUGUAUAGUAUCUAGAGAAUUAGGUGCUACGCAACGUUCUUCAUAAACAUUUCUUUUAUAAUGCUCGGCCAACAUGUGUUCAGUGGGUUUAUAAUUAUAUCAGCAAUCGAUAUAUCAUUAAAUUUUCCUGCCAGACUCAAUUUCCGUCAAAUUUCCAUCGUUUUGUUUGUUGUUCAGUAAAAAGCCGCUUCAUCUGCACAUUACAACACGUAAAUAUAAUUUUGUAAAUUAAUGCGCGUUUUACUGCCAUUUCCUACGGCGAUGUUGGCGUCCUUCUGUUUGAUAAAUUGUUGGGCAUAAUAUCUUAGCUAGAUUUUGUGCUCCAGCGAUAAGCUCAAACGUAGUGACCACACGGAAUUUCUAAAAAAAAUUAUUGUGGAAAUUCCUCGUGUUGAAUUUAAAUUUUAAUUUUCUGUGGUCACCAUGUUAAAUCUAGUGUAAAGAGUUCCGGGUAUUAUGCAUGAAUUCUUUCGCUUAGACGAACUUGUAUUUGUGUAGUAUUGUUCCGAUGUUGUGCGUGUAAUCUUGUGUCAGUUAUGUUUUUAAAAACCUUACCGAUCUGCUUUAUAUGUGUGAAUAUAAUUUCGUACUUAAAA